UAAAGGUGCACCGAGUCAUCAGAUGGACACCACUUGUUCAAUCCACGGCGGCACUGCUUCAGUCUGCACUCCUACACUACAUCAUGAUGCGGACUGUGCUCCUGCUGACGGCGGCUGUUCUGGGAGCCGCCGCCGACCAUCCGCCGCCCGCCGUGUCGUCCUACCAGGCCGGGGCGGCCGUCAGUGCGGCACCACAGCCCGUCCAGGACACCUACGAGGUGGCUGAGGCCAAGAGGGCCUUCCAGCAGGAGUACCAGAAGCUGGCCAGGGAGGCUGAACUGGCCCCCGACACCCACCAGUACACUGCGCAGCCCCAGUACUACCAGCAGCAGCCCCAGUACUACCAGCAGCAGCCCCGUCCCGCCUACACCCUCGGCCAGGCACCACAGCCCGUCCAGGACACCUACGAGGUGGCUGAGGCCAAGAGGGCCUUCCAGCAGGAGUACCAGAAGCUGGCCAGGGAGGCUGAACUGGCCCCCGACACCUACCAGUACACUGCGCAGCCCCAGUACUACCAGCAGCAGCCCCAGUACUACCAGCAGCAUCCCCGUCCCGCCUACACCCUCGGCCAGGCCCCACAGCCGGUCCAGGACACCUACGAGGUGGCUCAGGCCAAGAGGGUCUUCCAGAUGGAGUUCGACCGGCGCGCUGCCCUGGCCCAGUCUUCCUCCUACAACUGA